AUGGGGCCAUUGAGAUCUUCACUAAAGAGUGAGACGAACACCAACGGUCCAGAGUUAUCUGCAGCGGUGGCCAGCAGCAGCGGUGGCGACGGCGGCGAAGCAGGGGGCUCCACACCCGUAAUAAAGUCAACGCCAAAGUGGCACCGUGGAGGCUCUCGCGGUAUGGUCCACCCCGCAUACGCGCCUUUGGAGCGGGUCGAGUUACCUAAUGUGGAGGAAGAUGAGAGCCUCGAAGGAAUCAAACUGCAAGUACAGGUACGCACCCGCGAGAGCGGCCGUUGGUCCCCUCUUGUGGCAACACCCACCCAAAACAUGUGGCACUCCCCUGCGAAUGCGCGGAAUCCAUAUGGCAGUGAGACAGAGAGCCCCACUUCUGCUACUCCGGCCGUUGCGAAACAGGAGGUUACUCCCCCAUUCAGCCCACUGACGGUACCAUUGGAACCGCUUCCGCCGAACGUCGUGCACCGCGCUCUCCUCGGCAAAUGCCGCUUCAUUCCGUUCCCGACGCUUCCACCGUAUGACCCUCCGCCAACACCGCAGAUGAGAACCUAUCCACUCUUCAUUGGACAAGUGCGCUUUGAGGCGUCGCUGGCGGAGCUCAUGUGGCUCUUUCACCGCACCUCUGGCGCGUGUGCACUCACAAUUGAGGGCCGCGGCAGUGGUUGUUUCAUCUUGCACCUGAGGAGUGAAUCGGAACGGAUGCUCGUGCGGCAGUUGCACAAACGCAUUCUGUUUGAUAUUGGUGGGGUAUGGUUUGCCCGUACCUCGCAGGAAGUGGAUAGUCUGUGCGAGCACGUUGCACUUGACGGGCCGUACCUGUCGAAGCAGGCAAAGUUGCCACGCGACUCGAUGGUGGUUGAGGACAUCAAGGUGGAUGCCAAUGAUUCGCAUAUAAGUAAUCCCUUCUACUAUGCGCAGAGGGUGCCCACGCCCCCGUACGGUGGAAGUAUGGGAGGUUGGGGCCGCACAAGUAGUACAAGAAGUACACCAACAAGGGUGUCCUACAACUCCGUGACAUCUUCACCGAUCGAGGCACCGCUUCCCCCGGCCACGUGGUACCCGCCGAUGUCCCUCUACGAGGCUCCAGCGGCCGAAUCACCGCACAUGAUCUGCGGGGAAGAAUGGAAAAGAAAUUGUGUGUACAGCGGGGGAGCGAAGAGAUAA